GCUGCAGUUUAACAACAACCAGCUGGUUAAAGUAAUUCAUUAACUUAAACCGUCUACUUUCAAUGUCACCGUUGACCUAUUUUAGUACGGAACAGUCAGCUAAAGAUUUAUAAUAUAACUUUUUUUUCUGUAAUUUCAUCCACCUACCGGAGAAAAUUACUAAACACUGAGACUGAACUGCAUUCAAUGCUGGAUCUAUCGCUUUUUGAAACUAUCUGCAGCUGCUUGAGCCACGUGACAUUCCUUUCUUUCCACGGAAGUCUAUGGAGUGUCGCCACUCUCAGUUAUACCACACUCUGGUCGAAAACAACUCAGUGGAAAACAUCUGCCGUGGAAUGCGCACACAUCCAACGACGCCUUACCAGCGUUUAUUAGAUCGAUAUAACUAGUGUGUCGUGGGUCUUAUGAGAUUACUAAAAGCAGUCCGAGGACGGUUUUGGUGUUUUGGAUUCUUGAAUGUUUGCACUGAAAAUGUCUUCGGUUCAACCCCAGAGAGAGAUGAGCACCGAGCAGGAAACUCCUGCUGAAGAACAGUUCACUGAGUUCAAAGAAAUCUUCGUCAAGCCGGAGGAAGAGAUGGAUGAUCAGCGCAGACUGCUGGAUUUCAGCCGGAUACCUCUGAUAAUCUUACACCGAAUAGAUCCCGAAAAAUAUUGUGCAUGUAAAGACGAGGGGGUUCGCACUGAACUCGGCAACCAGGAGAGGAACUCCACUUUCAAUGAAGACAUUCCAGAACCUUGUCAGAUAAAAGGGUGGGGGAAGGAAAUAGAGCUUCUGAAGAUAAAACAGGAGAAAGUGGAACCAGAACAUCAACUGUUCAAUGAGAAAGAGAGGCAAUUCUGCAUCGGUCAGGUUGAAAAGCAGUUUGUGCUGAAACAUAAGACUGGUGACAUUUUAAUGAUUUCUUCUAAUGUGCAAAGACUCCAAAAUGAAAUGGAACCAAACAGGAACCAACUCAAGUCUCAGGCCUCCCCUGAAGUUGCAAGCCAACAGCAGGGAGAAAACAAUAAUGAGGACCCAGGAAAAGUUAGAGUAAAGCAGAAACAAAAUGAGAGAGGUGAGCAAACCAAAGAGCAGGAAAGAGCUGCUGACAUUUCAAGAGAAAAAAUUAACAACACUCACUCUGGGACAAAUAAAUAUUCUGCUAAAAUUGGUUCUGAAAACUUUUUUAAAAAAAGUCCCAUGAGAACAUUCAAGAUGAAGAUGCCUUUCUCAUGUACAAGCUGUGGUAAAAGGUUUCCCUAUAGGUACUCUUUAACUGUUCACAUGAGAACUCACACAGGUGAGAAACCAUUUACAUGUACAGCUUGUGGAAAAAGUUUCACGCACAGAUGUAUAUUAACUUAUCACAUGAGGAUUCACACAGGCGAGAAGCCAUUCACAUGUGCAGCCUGUGGAAAAAGUUUCACUCGCAGAUGUUAUUUGACUUAUCAUAUGAGGUUUCACACAGGCGAGAAGCCAUUCACAUGUGCAGACUGUGGAAAGAGUUACAGGUAUAAAAGUAGUUUAACUUAUCACAUGAGAACUCACACAAGUGAGAAGCCAUUCGCAUGUACAGCCUGUGGAAAGAGCUACACGGCUAAAUGUAGUUUAAUUCGUCACAUGAUAAGUCACACAGGUGAGAAGCCAUUCACAUGUACAGUCUGUGGAAAGGGCUACAUGGAUAAAUGUGAUUUAAUUCGUCACAUGAAAAGUCACACAGGUGAGAAGCCAUUCGCAUGUACAGCCUGUGGAAAAAGUUUCACUCACAGACGUAUAUUAACUUAUCACGUUAGGAUUCACACAGGCGAGAAGUCAUUCACAUGUGCAUACUGUGGAAAGAGUUACAGGGGUAAAAGUGGUUUAACUUAUCACAUGAGAACUCACACAGACGAGAAGCCAUUCACAUGUGCAGACUGUGGAAAGAGUUACAGGUAUAAAAGUAGUUUAACUUAUCACGUUAGGAUUCACACAGGCGAGAAGCCAUUCACAUGUGCAGACUGUGGAAAGAGUUACAAGGAUAAAAGUAGUUUAACUUAUCACAUGAGAACUCACACAGGUGAGAAGCCAUUCGCAUGUACAGCCUGUGGAAAGGGCUACACGGAUAAAUGUGGUGUAAUUCGUCACAUGAAAAGUCACACAGGUGAGAAGCCAUUCACAUGUACAGCCUGUGGAAAGGGCUACAUGGAUAAAUGUGGUUUAAUUCGUCACAUGAAAAGUCACACAGGUGAGAAGCCAUUCACAUGUACAGUCUGUGGAAAGGGCUACAUGGAUAAAUGUGAUUUAAUUCGUCACAUGAAAAGUCACACAGGUGAGAAGCCAUUCGCAUGUACAGCCUGUGGAAAAAGUUUCACUCACAGACGUAUAUUAACUUAUCACGUUAGGAUUCACACAGGCGAGAAGUCAUUCACAUGUGCAUACUGUGGAAAGAGUUACAGGGGUAAAAGUGGUUUAACUUAUCACAUGAGAACUCACACAGACGAGAAGCCAUUCACAUGUGCAGACUGUGGAAAGAGUUACAGGUAUAAAAGUAGUUUAACUUAUCACGUUAGGAUUCACACAGGCGAGAAGCCAUUCACAUGUGCAGACUGUGGAAAGAGUUACAAGGAUAAAAGUAGUUUAACUUAUCACAUGAGAACUCACACAGGUGAGAAGCCAUUCGCAUGUACAGCCUGUGGAAAGGGCUACACGGAUAAAUGUGGUGUAAUUCGUCACAUGAAAAGUCACACAGGUGAGAAGCCAUUCACAUGUACAGCCUGUGGAAAGGGCUACAUGGAUAAAUGUGGUUUAAUUCGUCACAUGAAAAGUCACACAGGUGAGAAGCCAUUCACAUGUACAGCCUGUGGAAAAAGUUUCACUUACAGAUGUUAUUUAACUUAUCACAUGAGGAUUCACAGAGGCAAGGAAGCAUUCGCAUGUUCAGCCUGUGGAAAGAGUUACAGGAAAAAAAGUGGUUUAACUGUUCACAUGAGAACUCACACAGGUGAGAAGCCAUUCCAAUGUACAGCCUGUGGAAAGAGUUACAGGAAAAAAAGUGGUUUAACUGCUCACAUGAGAACUCACACAGGUGAGAAGCCAUUCCAAUGUACAGCCUGUGGAAAGAGUUACAUAGAUAAAACAAGUUUAGCUUAUCACAUGAAAACUCACACAGAUGAGAAGCCUUUCACAUGUAUGACUUGUCAAAAAGGUUUUAUUAACAAACACAAGUUAACAAUUCACAUGAGAAGUCACACAGGUGAGAAGCCAUUCAUAUGUACAGCCUGUGGAAAGAGUUACAGGCAAAAAGUUGGUUUAACUUAUCACAUGAGAAGUCACACAGGUGAGAAGCCAUUCCAAUGUACAGCCUGUGGAAAGAGUUACAGGCAAAAAGUUGGUUUAACUGUUCACAUGAGAAGUCACACAGGUGAGAAGCCUUUCACAUGUACGGCCUGUGGAAAGAGUUACAGGCAAAAAGUUGGUUUAACUUAUCACAUGAGAAGUCACACAGGUGAGAAGCCAUUCCAAUGUACAGCCUGUGGAAAGAGUUACAGGCAAAAAGUUGAUUUAACUGUUCACAUGAGAAGUCACACAGGUGAGAAGCCAUUCCAAUGUACAGCCUGUGGAAAGAGUUACAGGGAUAAAAGUAAUUUAAUUCGUCACAUGAGAACUCACACAGGUGAGAAACCAUUCACAUGUACAGCCUAUGAAUCAAAUUUGACAAAAGUUAUUUAACUUAAAAAGGAAAAUUCACACAGAUUAGAACGAAAUUCUCCUGGAUGUCUUGCCAAAAUAAAUCAGGCAAUAAUUACAAUCAUUUUUAUUAAAAUUCUUUUAUUAAAUGUUUUGAUUCUCAAAUUAGAUAUUUGUGCCAGGAUGAAAAGGGUUAAAAUGUUGUCAGAGUAUGUUUACGAUCACAACACAUUGAUAAACUGUAUUUAAUUAUAAGUCCAUUAACGGUCACUUGCCUGAUGCUAGAUUUUGAAGUCAAGCUUUUUGGUUGAUGUUCACUGAUUAGCAUUUUUCCUCUGGCAACGGCGUUGUGAAAUAAUUAUUUUGUAAUUAAAACUAACAAAUGUCUGGUCACUGCACCAUUCUGUCCUGUU